AUGCGAUUUGAAGCUUCAAGUUUCGGCUCUGAACAGACUCUUGGUGACAGAAACCUGCGAAAGCUUGCUUUCUCUCACAUUGUUCAAACCAUUCGUAAGAUGACUAGUAUCACUGAGCCAAGGCACAAAUCACUUGAGAAGAUUGUGAUCUCUAUGUUGGAGCAAGAAGAUGAAACGAAGGCUAAGAGAGCACAAGAGAAAGGUCUGGCUUGGAUCAUGAUUUCUUCCCUUGGGAUUCUUCUUGACGAUGAUGAUGAUAGUGAAAGCAAGCAUCCCAGGUUGUGAUCAACAGAGAGGCUGUUUACAAGAUGAAACAAUGAAUUUUGCCAGCAAGUAUGAAGAAGACACUUACUAGCUCUUGAUGGAAGUUUCCACCUUUAUAGUUUUCUAUAUUAUUUUGAUCAUUGCAGUUUGAAAUCGACAGAGCUAAAAGCCGUAUCGAAGAGCUUGGAACUAUUCUUUGAAAUCUUUGUAAUGAGCACUAAUAGACAGUGUAAUUGCUUGUCAAAAUCGAAAUUAAUUUUGAAUAAGAAAUAAAUAGUCAAAGUAGAUAUGUAAUCAAGACUAAAAGUCAAGAUGUGCAUUUGUUAUAUAUUGAAAGUAUUAGGGUAAUUAUGCAAAAUUAUAAAAGAAUUUUUUUUUAAAAUAAAUCUUUA